AUGUCACAUUCAGGGGCAGCCACAUUCAAGAAAGUAGCAGGUAUAAUUACCAUUAAUGAAGAUGCUUCUCCUGCCGAAUUGACAUGGAGAUCAACAUCUGGGGAUAAAACACAUACCAUAGUCCUAGAUACUAUAGAUAAGUUACAGGCGACUCCAGCAACAAGUGAUAAAAUGAUUUUAAGGUUGAUGUCAAAAGUUGACGAGUCUAAAAAGCAAAAAGACAAUGAUGGGAAUGAAGUUCUACCGAAACCUCAAAUAUUCAUGUUUUCAUUCAAUAAUAGAACAGUAAUGGAUAACAUCAAGAUUACAUUACAACAGAUUAUUUCUCGUUAUAAAGAUAAUGAAAUUUAUGAAGAGAAAAGGAGAAAAGAAUCCUCUGAACAACCACAGUCACAACAACAGCAGCAGCAUCUAUCCGAUGUGAGUCUGAUCAAUACUGAGUCGCUAGAUGAUUCCCUAUCUGAGAAAAAGUUGAGGACAAAUCUAAAAUUGCAACAGUCUUUACUGAAGUCUAAUAAGACCCUAAUGAAAACUUUUCAAGAAACUGUCAUCAACUCUGGCUUACCGCCAAAUGAAUUUUGGUCAACCAGAGUUUCAUUAUUAAGGGCAUUUGCAUUAUCUACAUCCCAGAAGAUAGGUCCAUACAAUGUGUUGUCGACCAUCAAGCCUGUAGCAUCAUCUGAAAAUAAAGUUAACGUCAAUCUUUCCAAAGAAAGAAUUCUAAGUAUAUUUCAGAAUUAUCCAAUCGUGAAAAAAGCAUAUAGCGAUAACGUUCCCAAGAACUUUAAAGAGCAAGAAUUCUGGGCCAGAUUUUUCUCUUCAAAAUUAUUUCGUAAACUAAGAGGUGAGAAAAUUAUGCAAAACGAUAGGGGUGAUGUUAUUAUUGACAGAUAUCUGACGCUAGAUCAAGAGUAUGAUAGAAUGGAUGACGAGAAAUUGCUUCAUCCCGUGAAAAAAUUCAUUGAUAUAGAUGGGAAUGUUCAAGAUGAUCCUGUAAGGCAGGGGAAUAAACCAGAUUUCACGAUGCAAGCUGGUAUCGAUGUAAAUGGUAAUAAUGACGGUACAGUUGAUAUCUUGAAAGGCAUGAAUAGACUGAGUGAAAAAAUGAUUAUGGCAUUAGAGAAUGAAUAUUCUAGAAAUAGCCUACAGGAUCAGGAAAGCCCAGAUACUGAAGAGAAAGAAAGUCUAGAAAUUAUGGAUCUACAGAAUGCUUUCAAGGCUGAGUAUGCCAUGAUCCAUUUGAAAAAGAAAGAUAUGAAAAGAACUGAAAAUACAACUGCAGCAACAAGUCAAAAAAGCAGCACAUUGUCCAUAACCAAAGCUAAGGCUUCAUCUGAAAUCGCUAACACAAUUAAUGGUUUAAAGGGACAUUUCGAUCUGACGAAGGUUACUCCAGAUAGUCAGACUAACACUGAAAUCAAUCAACGUGUUAUAGCGGCUGUGAAGAUAAAUGCAAAGCAAGCGAAGCAUAAUAAUUUAGAUCCACUACUGGGAGGGUUCAUUGGGAAUACGAACAAUUCUGAUGCCACUGAAGCUUCUUCAGAUUUACCUUUUGAACUAUUAGAGAGUUGCAGAAUCCUUCAUGGUACGUGCUGUGAAUUUUUAAAACAUUUUUAUAUUCAUUUUCAAAGCGCUGAAUAUAAACAGGCUGUUACUGUUAACAAACUUUACAAACAUUUAAAAGAUUGCAUCGAUAAGCUGAAUGAAUUAUUCAACGAUGUGAAGACACAAGACGGUGAGGAAAUGGCUACAAUGUGUGUCGCAUAUUUGAAGCCUGUGUUUGAUUCGAUUUCUCUUGCAGUCUCAAAAUAUGAUGAAGCAUUCCUUGAACAAAACAAAAGAGACGCGACGCCGGUAUAA